CAUGAAUCAUUUUUCGAUUAUAACCACCAUCAACAUCUCAUAAAAUAUAAUACGGCUAGCAAACAGACAUCGCCAUUAUUGUCAUCACCCUCCUCCACAUCAUCAUCAUCACAAGCAACAGUAAUAACAUCAUCACCCUCAACGUCUUCAUCGUCAGAAAGUUUAAAUAAUGUUGAUCCCGAAGUUGGUUCUAUUUUCGGCUUUGAGCCACAUAUUUUGCAACCAUUUAUGGGUUUACACAGUGUCGAUCAUCCCGAUGAUCCUUGGCAUCAUAAAGCCUAUGAUCCUUAUCAGCCUUUAUUUACUGGAGGUGGUACAUUUGAGGAGUAUCUAAAAAAUGGUCGCUAUAAAAGAGAUCUGAGAAGAUCAACACAAAUUUCCAAAAAUCGUAAUACCUUAACCCCGGAAAUGUUGGAACGUUUAUUGCGUAUAAAGUCUAGUUUUAAAAAGAAUUAUCCUGCACUUUAUAAAACUAUGAUGGGACAAUUAACGGGUGGCAAAUCUACUACUAUUACGGUGACUCCUCCGGAAGUACCACAACAUGUAUCUUAUCGUAAUGUGGAACUGGCCGCGGCAGAAAUUAAUCCUUUGGAAACUUUAAUAGACACUUACGAGCAGGACUUGCAAAAUAUUUUAGAAGCUCAACAACAAAAACAGCGUCAACAAGAAUCGCAUGAACCGUUAAUUAAUCCAUAUACAAAUGAGUUUAAUUUUUGGGGUAAUUCACAGGAAGAAAUAACGUCAAAUACUCCACAGAAAGAUAUACCUAUAUUGCAACAAACAUUAGAACAAUUGGACAUAAAUCCUCGGCAUGACCAAACAAGUUUUUGGGAAAAUCCUGAGGAAAUUCUUAAAACUGUAAAUGAAGAUAAAACGCUCUUAGCUAGUCCAGAAAAUCAUACCCCAAAUAAACCACAAACUUUUUGGGAAAAUUCUGAAGAAACUCUAAAGACUUUAGCCGAACCUCAAUUAUUUUUGGAAAAUCGUGAGCAAAAUUUAAAUGAACAUUUAGUGGAAAAUAAUUUUCAUGAAAAUAUCAAUGAAACCCAAAGUUAUUGGGAAAAUUCGGAGGAAACUUUAAAAACUUUAAGUGAACACAAGGUAUUUUUGGAUAAGCCUCAAGAAGCGGCAAUUGAAGAACAAAACUUCUGGGAGGAAACACCAGAGAAAAUUGUAAAUGAUGUUCAAAGUUUGCCUCAUGAAACUUUAAACUCUGUAAAUGAAGAGCAAAACUUCUGGGAGACUCCUACUCUAUCUCUAGAAGCAUCUGCUCUACAGAAACGCAGCAAUAGCUUUUGGGAUGAACUAGAAGCUGAAGAAGAACAACAUGAAGACCAUAAUUCGGAUGAUUUAGAACCUAUUUUUGACUUUGAUGAAGAUUUUGAUUAAAUAUUCCAUAAUUUUCUUUAACUUUAAUCGUCAUAUGCAUUGUAUUUGUAGUUCUCUCUCUCUCUUUCUCAUCUUAUUAAGU